UUGGCCUAGUGGGCCUAGUGCGUAGCAGAUCAUUAGUAAAUAGCAGUAGUUUGUUUUUUUGUUGUUUGGUCAUUUUGACAUUGUCAUGUUGUCCAUCCCUCCACGCACCAACAGUACACGCAAUGUUCAUAUUUCAAAUUUAUAUCAAUAUGUUAUGUGUUUGUUUAGAUUGUGUUUUGUUUAUAUACUCUCAAUCGCCUGGAGUUGAUGGAUAAACACCUUGCUGAACACGUUGCUCGGCUAAGUUUAAGUCGUCCGGUUUUCAUGCCUGAAACUGACAGUUUCCAAUGUUGAUGUCACACCUUCAUGCCCAGUUACCUCACAGUUCAUCAUGAUUAUGAUCCAUCAUUUGUCCAUCAUGACCUCGCCGAUGUCACGCGGUCCUCGCUCUUUUUACUGCGAUCGGAGUCGGGGAUGGGGAAGAAUUAGAGCAGGUCUUUGAGCAGUCCAUGGAAGCGGGACAUCCAGCCUUGGUGGAGAACAUGCUUGAAACCGUGGAUGCAGUGCUACAACCGGUGAUCGCCCGCAACACCUUGAUCUCGCACGGCACCAAGCGAGUCCUCAAGCUGGGAGAGAAGCAGCAUCCGUGUGAUGAGGAUCUGCUGCUCUUCGUCCGGAUCGUGAAGCUGGAGCGUCCGGAUUUGCCGCGCAUCAAGCGGUCGUGUGACCUCAUCCAACAGCAGAACGAGUUCAAAGUGGCAGAUUUGGAAGCCUAUCUCUUAGGGAAGCUGGCGGGAGCUGAUAGCGACAUCCUGGAGGACACCGAGCUGGUCUUUGGAUUGGAGGAUGCCAAGUUUACCUCGGAUGAAGUGAAAGAGAAGGCGACGGAUCGGGUGAAGCCGCGAAGUGAAGGAGUGGUGACCUUUGCCAUCUAUUCCUCGUUGUGGUCUACUCGAUGCAGACAAGCUGACCGUGGCCUCCAUGUUGGCCCUCAAGAUCUUGGCCGAUCAGGCACCGAUCAGGCGACGGCGCAUUCGUUGGGCGGCGGCAUGCUGUACGACCUCUCAUCGCUUCCCUGGUGCAUCAAGAUCGCGGACGUGGCGCCAACGGAUCUGAAGGCGAACCUGCGACGGGCCAACGCCAGGACGGUCUCCCAGGAACACAUCGCCUGUCAGAAGCCUAAGGAGUUCAAGGCCACCCUCUUCGCGCUUGACUUCUUCCAUUCCUUGGUCUUGGGCCGUGUGAAGUUUGGGUCUCAAGGAUGGUCCAAGAAGUACCCUUUCAACGACGGCGACCUGACCAUUUAUGCGCAGGUGUUGUGCAACUACCUCAACAACGCGGAGAGCGGUCCGUUUCCAACGGACGUUCCCUGGCAGCUCCGGUACAUCACGGAUCAGGACAGGCGAGUGCUGCGAAAGACGUCCGAGUUGCCCGCGCUGCUGACCAACAUGUCUUUGGCCCGCUUCAAAUUGCCUGAUGCUUCCAAGCUUGAGUACAGCUCCUACCAAACGUUGAUCGAAGAGCCGCAACUCUUUGGCUUGCAUCCCAACGCCGAGAUCGGGUUCUUGACCAGCCAGGGUAUCAACAUCUUCAAGACUGUCCAGAUGGUGUCCGGUGACACUGCCGCGGCCACCAUGGAUUUGGUUGCUUGUACUCCCCACAUCGCCAAGUACAAGGACGAUUUGCCCCAAGAUCUGGACAUGGCAGAGAUCCGCGGCAGGUUGCGAGAAGAGGAUUGCACGCCACAGGCUUUGCCUUCGCCUACGACCAAGUCGGCAUUGCACGUGGCGCGCGCAGGGGCUGUCGAAGAGACCGCCAGCGUGAAGUGUCGUUUUCCGCAGCGAGCGGGACGUGCCAAGCGAAACAAGGACUACACCCAUGUAGAAGUCCGUCUUCCUCCACCUCGCCAACAGCGAGUCCGUCCUCGAGUCCAACGAGGAUCCAGGCUUUAUCCGUUUCGAAGAGGAGAACCUCACCAACGUGGAGGAGUUCCAGGCAAAGAUCCUGGAGGUCCCCGUCAUCCGCCGAAACGGUGCAGCUGGCAAGGCGCCAAAGAUCCAGCGCCAAAGAUCCACUCCUCAACUCGGGAGCGGCCAAAGCGUUGGAUCCCGUGAUGAAGCGCCUCGCUGAGUACCACCACGAGCAGAAGGAGGAGCAAGUAGCAGAGCUGCAGAAGAAGAAGGACGUCAAGGGCUCCGAGGAGUGAGAGAAGAGUUGACGACGGGUCGACCGACCUGCAG